GUUUUAUCUCUAAAAAAUAAAUGUAAAGUUUUUUUUAUUGUUUAGAAAUUAUGGUUUUAAAGACUGUUUGGAGUUAGAACACCCAAAAUUGAUGAACGAACUAUUCGUAAUGUAUAAAUCAAAUCAUUUUUUUCAAAAUUUGUAAAAAUCUCAAAUUAAUUAUUUAACUUAGUUCUUAAUACAAAUUUCAUAAUUUGUACAGAAAUGUACAUGAAUUAUUUGUUAUUUUUAAACUAAAAAUUCUAAAAUUGUGUUACUGUAAUUGUAAAUAGUUUUGUUACUCUAAUAUUUAAUAAAUUUGUGGUAAGUAAUAACUUGUGUUUUAGUGAACAAUUUUUUACUAACAUUCAGUAUAUGUAGGAGUAUAUAAAUUUUAAAAUCUAGUCUAACUGAAUCAAUAUGGCUGUUCAACAAAAGUAUAGACGGGAAGAAGUCAGCGAAGUUAGUUGUUGUCUUAAAUACAUCAUAUUCAGCUUUAAUGUAUUAUUUUGGGUAAAUUUUUUAUAAUUAUAAAUCUUUAAUAAAUUAUUUCAAAAUUUAUAUUUUUAAAUCUUUAGAUGUUUGGAUUGUCUGUGAUGGCUGUAGGUGUUUGGGCAUGGACAGAAAAAAAUGCAUUUAAUAACCUUAGUAAACUUACACAUUUAGCCCUUGAUCCAGCUUUUGCUUUAAUUUUGAUUGGUAAGUUUAAAUUGAACACAAAAUUUACACUAAUUUAAUAUUUUUUACCAACAUAAUUUCUCAUAUAUUUAAAUAUAUAGGGAGUUCAUUAAAUAUUAAUGUGUCCUAGUUUAUAAAGCUAAGUUAUAAAAUAUCUACUUUAAAUUUUUUCAGGUGGAAUAACUUUUAUAAUCGGUUUCACGGGAUGCAUUGGAGCUUUACGUGAAAAUACUUGUUUACUUGGAAGUGUAAGACUUUUGAACUACUAUUAUGAACCAAAUAAACAUAUACGUAAUACAAGAUUUUGCAAAAUGGAUCAGUUUUGUUCAGUAUCUACUCUAAACAAAACUAUAUUUUCUUUUCUCAUAAAUUUUCCUUACAUACUUAACAAAAAAACUUUGAAUUUUGAUUUAAGAUGUUUAUGAUCAUACAUAACAUGCAAUUUGUGAAAUUUAAAAUAAUAUGUCACAUUGUUCUUAAUGUUAUUUAAACACUUUUAUAAUGAUUAGGAUAAAGUUUAAUUGAGUGUUUUAUUUUGCAUAUACGAUUACGUCUAUGCAUAUAAUUUUUUAUUUAUUUUUAGUUAAAUAUUAAAAUAAUGUGUUUUUUUUUAUUAGUAUGCCGUUUUGUUAGCAUUUAUAUUGAUAUUAGAACUAACCGCUGGAGUAUUAACUUUUGUUUUUAAAGAUUCUGUAAGUUAACUUUUAAUUUUCUUAUAAGUAGAUGUCUAAUUAAUAUUAAUCAAUUAUCCAAUUAUAGAUUAAAUCACAAGCUACUGAAGGAUUACAAACAUUCAUUGUACAUUACAGAGAAGACCCUGAUCAGCAAAAUCUUAUAGAUUGGAUACAGGAAGAUUGGGUUUGUUCCUAAUUAUUAAAUUUUUAUUUUUAUUAAGAAUAUGGUUUAAUUAAUUUACAUAUCAAAAAUAUUUUAUUUGUACAAAUUUGUAUGUUUAAUCUAAAGUUACAAUGUUGUGGAAUCAAAGGUCCUGAAGAUUGGGAUCUGAAUAAUUAUUUUAACUGUUCUUCACAAAUGGUUGGUAGCCGAGAAGCAUGUGGAGUACCAUUUUCUUGUUGCAAACGUAAACCAAAUGUAAGUUAAAACUUUUAUUAUAGAUAUAAUUUAUUAUUUUUUUUUUCUGAAAAUUCUUAUACCCUCAUUGGAAUAUUUGUACUAUAAGUUCAAGCUAAAAUAAUUAUACAUAGAUAAAUCAAAGUCGAUUAUACUUAAUUUUUAUCAUUAGAACCAGUUAACAAUUUUAAAUAUAAAACUACUGUGCACUAUUGCACUGUGAAGUAAUCAACAGUUGCUUUCUACCUAUGUUGUGUAGCGUGUAAAAUUGUAAUGUGUAUUAUUUGUUAUGUCUCUUAAACUUAAAUUGGUUACAUUAACAAUUACUGCAACAGUGAAUAUAAUAAAUAAGAUAACUAAAAAUGUUAAACCUGAAAAUUGAAUUGCUAAACAAUGAGCACUUUUAACUUUACUGAAAAAUUAAGAUCUUAUUUUACAAAAGAUUUCUGAAUAUCCAGAUAUAGAGGUUAGUUUACUCAGUUGGUUUUUACAAUGUUGAUAUUUAAACAUUCCAAUAAAUAGGCCAAUUUUAAAGAAGAUAACUGAAUUUUUUGCAAUUAAACUUGGUUACAAACAAUUUAAAGCUAGUUAAGGUUGGUUAAGCAAUUGGAAAAGUAGGAACUAUGUCGUUUUUUCGUAAAAUAUGCAGUGAAAAUGCUUCAGUUUAUCAAUUAGUAUGUACUCACUGGUUAGUAAAAUGUGUUGUGUAAAUUGGAUUUAGUGACCAAUAAAAUAUAUAAAUUGAUUUAAAAUAUUUAAAAAAUGUAUAAUAGCUAACUUGAAUUUGAAAAAAAAAUUUCAAGUCUAAUUAAUUUAUAGGUCCCUUGAAAUUUGAGUUAUCGAAACUCUGCUGUAUUAUAUUCUAUUACUAGCUAUCCUGUGCUCGUCAUUUCCCGUACUAAUUUUUCAUUUUUUUUUUACCUUUAUUCCGGUUUUGCUUUGCUCGUAUCAGUAUAUCUAAAGAUUACAAAUAGAUGGAAAGUGGAUUAAAACUAAUGGAUGGCAAACUAAUGUUUUUCAUCUGGGUUACCAUAGAUACCCUCACUGCACAAGGAUUUAAACUAUAUAUUAUCCACUAUAAUAACACUAACUUUAUGAGAACAUAAUUGGAUUGUAGUAGUGUAGUGUUAUUACUAUACCAAAAAGUACAAAGAUUCAAAGAUGACUUUUACGCAUUUUUACUUACCCGCCCAUACAACAGGUUUAUUGUUUUUUUUUUUUCGGUGUUAUCAAGUUGACUCAUCCUAUUUCAAGCCAAUUAUAAACCGGCAGACAGUCAGAUAGACUUUUUAUUCAAUUUGUAAUAGUUGUUAUGGCGUUUUUAUUUCUGUUUAUUAUUUAUUUUUUGUUUUAAGUUUUUUUUUUCAUUUCAUCCAUGUAACUAAAGUAACCCAUAGUUCAACAAAAAUAAUUUAAUUUUCAUUCCCUUCUAGAUCAUUAAUCGAGAUGAAAAUUAUCCUAUCUUUUAGAUUGGACAAAAUCACACUAAUGAGCACUUAUCAAAAUUGGUUGAAUAGUUUCAGAUUGCCCGCAGUCUAACUUAUUUCAUUUUGUAAUAUUUUUGAAAAUGUUUAACCUAUUUCCAAAUAUUUAGAAAUCAAAAAUUAAUUUUUUUAUAAUAUUUAUUGGGACACAAUUGUUCAUAAAUAUAUCAGGCUUCAUAAAUUUUAAUAUAAUAUAUUUAAAAUUAAAGAUCUUGAAGUUGAUACUGACUUACAGUGAAGAAACAUCUAAAUGUGUUCAAUAGUGUGUGUGUAUUAUGAUAAUUUUAUCAUUUAAAUAUUUUUUAACUAACUAAAUAUUAUUAUAUUUUUAGGAAAUAGUAGAGAACAAACAGUGUGGGUAUGAUGUCAGGAAAGAAGGAUUUGUAAGUAUUAAAAGUUUUAUAGUAUGUACCUUGAGUUGGGUAAUCCAUACAGUAAUAUAAAGAGGCCCUAGUCUAUAUUGUACGUGUUAAGAAAGUGAAGCCGGUCAGUUUUGAAAGUACCCACUUAAUAAAACUAUUGGCUGCAAGAUAGCAUGCAAUUUUUGAUUUAUAUUUUUACGUUAUUUAUUUUAUACAUUUUAUUAUCAACAACAUUGUCUUUUGUUGUUUUGUAUAAUAUAUAUUAUAUUUGAAUAUUCUUUAAUCUUCAAAAUAUGUUUAAAUAUGUAAAACAAAUUUUAUUUCGCAAACUGUGUAAUGGAUAAACCAUCCAGAUUUUUCAUCCUCGUUGCUCUGCAUAAAGCCAAUAAAUAUAUAUAAAAACCUAAAAAUUUCCGCUUUAUAAUAAUCACAUAUUUCGUAUAUUAAAUACUUUAAAUCAAAUUUUCGUAAACUCAAUUUUUUUUUUUUUUUUUUGUCCACCGAUUCGAGUUAUGAAGUUUUCACUGUAUUAUAAUAUAUUAUUAUUUUAGUACAAUUUUCCACUGUACUAUAAUGUGUUGCAAAAUGUAUUAAAUAUGAUAAUUAUUAAGAUAUACAAUAGUAAUUAUUGUAUCUUGUGGUACCACUGAAAGUACUUCUAGUUCGUUUCAAAUCGGUAAUGUUUGUAAAGCCUCUCUGUAUUACUCUAUGGGUAGACCAAAACAUAAUUUUUCUUUUCAUAGUUUUAUCUUUUUUUAUUUGUACAAAUAUGAUAAUAUCAUUAAAUCUUGUUUAAUAAAAAAAAGAAUUCAAUUUUUGGUGAAUAACGCAAUUUGUAUCUAUUUUGCCAUUAUUUGUUCAGUUUAAAUCAUCAAAAUGUUAUAAGGAAAUAAAUGGAAACUUUUUUUUUAGUGAAAUAAAAUUUGAUUGCAUUGUAACACCUGUACAAAUAAAAUAUAAAGAUAAAUACCUGCAAAAAAAAAUUUUUUUUUGAUCCAUCCCAAUGUACCUUAUUCAUAUUCGUGUGUAAUUAUUAACUAACAUUACUAACGUAAAAAAAAAAAAAAAAUUAGAAAUUAAAGACUUAAUUAAUUCAAUAAACAUUGAAUUUAAUAUAUUUAAUGUAUUAAUAAUGUUUAACAACUAUUAAUUUAAACUUCUCUCGCUAUUAUCAUUUAUAGUAUGCUGAGAAAUGGACAAGCUUAAAUUUACCUACGCAGACUGGUGAAAGAAAUAUAUAUGAAAGAGGUUGCAUGAGAGCUGCUGAGGAAUGGGUUGAGGAUAACUUUAUUGGUGUAUUAACAUCAAUUAUGACUGUAACAAUAUUACAGGUAGUCUGUAUAACUAAUGCUUAACAUAGCAUGUCAUGCUUUUUUUUAGCACUUUGUUAUGUAAUGUUUUGUUUAUGGUGUGUGUUUGUGCAUGUUUUGCUUUUGUUCUUAUUUGUAUAUUUUGUUAUUAAUUUACAUUUGUUUUUAUCAAUGCUUGUGUGUAAUUGUAUAUAGACCGACGAUGUCGGAAAACGAGUGGAUCUCAUCAUUAAUGAAAAAGGAUGUUUACAAGCUGGAGAAGAAUGGCUAGAAAGAAACAUGCUUUUUAUUGCUACUGUGUGUCUUAUAUCAGCUUUUUGUAAGGUGAGUUAGAUUACUUUAAAAUAUUUCUGUUAUUCAACCUUUUAAUCCUUGAAAUAAUAUUACAUUAUGGUAAAAAAUUAAUCAUUAUUUUAAAAGUUAUCUAGUAGUUAAUAUAUCAAAUAAAUAAUUUCCCUAUACUAAAUAUUUAAGUUCAUUUGUAUAUUUUUCUCUAUUAAGCCUUAAGUACCAGCAGCAAACCUAACCUAACCUAAAGAGUUUGUUAGAACCUUUAAGUUAAUGAAGAGGUACAUCUAAGACAAAUUAAUUGAGAUAAGAGGUAGAUUUUUUUUAAAGUGUAUAUAAAGCACACAUCUAUAAUAAAAAUCAAAUUAUUAUAUUAUAUUAUAUUGGGAAGUGUCCUAAAUCCACCACUAAGUUAAUGUCUCAACUCUCAAUUGUAAAUCUAUAUGAAUAUGUCAAAUAGCUGUUAAUGUGUUACAAUGUUUCUAUGAAUCUAUCAAUAUAAUAUAUUAUGUGCUACAACUCCUAAUACCAAGAAGUUAAAUUCAACUAAAUUUAAAACAAUUCUUCUUGAAUGACAAUACUAUAUGGAUUAAUUUCUAAUGUGAGACUAUAAUAGGAUAUACAGCUAAUAAAAAUAAGAAUUAAUUAAUUUUAACAAACCUAUCCAUAAUAACAUAUUUGGAGUAAAUUCUAAGUAGUUCUAAUUUCUAAUAUCUUGCAAUGUUUCCAUUUUAUUUUAUCAUCUUUUAGUUAUAUUUUAUAAAUUUAAGUGUAUUUAAAAUCCAAGUUUAAAACUAAUAAUUCUAGUUAUACAAAUAUUUUAACUGAAUGAUUAUUUUUAUUUUUGAACCAUACCUAAUUAAGAUUCAACUACGGAAUAAUAAACCGCGGGAGUGAAGGAUCUGUUCAUAUUGUGUGUGUAAUUUGUAAUCUUAAUCCAGACAUUAGUAUGAGAAAAAUGUAAUCAGUAUGUUGUAUAGUUUUAAUUGUGUUUAUCUUAACUUUGAUUUAAUACAAAUUAGUUAUUUGAAAAUUGUAGAAAUUAUGAAAUGGUAUUGCACAAUAGUUUACAAAAAUAGAACUAGAAAAUCUUAGUUGCAUGAUUUUCAGAAUUAUGUAUUAUAUAUGUAUCUAUUUUAAAUUAUCUAUACCUAUAUAUAGUUUAUAUCAUAUUUAGAUAUAUUUGUUAUAAAAUUAAACAUUUUUUUAUUAUCAUUAAAAUAUUGUUUCUGAUGAUUAUCAGCAUUAAUCAUAAUUAGAUUUUUGUUUUGAAUUUCAGAUUUUGGGCAUUUGCUUUGCUCAAAACUUACGUGCUGAUAUAUUUGCACAAAAGGGCAAAUGGCACUAGACGAAGUUUGUCCUUGAAUACAAACGAACAAGAUUAUAAAUAUAUAUAUAUAUAUAUACUUUUUUAUCAGGUUUUUAACCUAAUUCAUAUUUUUUCAUAACUAGUGUUGAAAUAAUUGUAGUCUAAUUCUUUAGUGUGAUUGAAAUGACUGUAUUUGCUUCUAUUAAUAUUCUUUUUAUCUCUCAGUUUCAGUUGAUAAUUUUUCAUUAAUAUUCUUUCUAUAUAACACAAAAUUAAUUAGAUAUGUUGUUUUCUUUAAUAACCUGUUUGUAGAUAUAAGGUCGAUUCACACUAUACGGGACGUCAUGUCAUAGACCGGCAACAUCACUUCAAAUGUAUUCACAUUUAACAUCACAUCAUGUGCAAUUUUAGAAACGUCAAACAAAACUUUGUAUUUUAUAGAGGUUCAGUCUACGGAAGUGUAUAAAUACCAAAAAUAUUAUAUUUAAAAAUUUAUAUUUUAUUUGCCUAGUGGUUUUAAAUUAAAAUUCCUAAUAACAAUUAGUAAUAAUAUAAUAUACUACUUCAUCAUGCUAAAAAUUAAUAAAAGAAAUAUUACCGAUAAUGGCAAUUAUUUUGGAAGAGAAGAGGACAACAAAUCACAUAGAAGAACAUGGGUAUGAGAAAUGUUAAUGAAAAUAAAGUAAUUUGGGGAAUAUCAUACAUUGUUCAACAAUGGAUAAAAAAAAACGAAGAAGAAUCAAGAACGGAUCUACUCCACAUCAAAAUAUAGUUUUCAAUAAACAUUAGUGUUCUGUAACGUUUAUGUUGCGUAACGUGCCAGUGUAUGUGAACAUUUCAAUAUAAAUACAUAGGAAGAUAUUUGACAUAAUGUUGACUUUCCGUAUAGUGUAAAUCGAUAAUAAAAUGCAGUGAGUUCCACUUAAUGUGAUCACAUUGGUUUUGAUUCUAUUAACCCAUUGAUUCCACAAAACAAUUUUUCUUUUUUUUAAAAUUCUAUAUUUAUAAGUGAACUUUACAUAAAAUAGUUAGGUAUCUAUUUUUGAUUCUUCUUAUUUAAUUUUCAUAUUAACCUGAAAUUUAAAUCCAUAUUCAAUUAAUAUACAUAUAAUUAAAAUUAAAUGCAUAAUAAUGUAUAUACAUUAUUACAUACGUGUAACUUACAGUCUUGGAACAUACAGUAAAAAAAACCAUAUAACUAUAAUAAAAGCAUAUAAUACUAUAAAAAAGAUAAGAAUGUUCAUAAAAGUAAUUCAAUUAUCCGGUACUUUAUGAUUCUAAUAAAAGAUUAAUUUAACAUUAGUAACUUAAGAUUUGGUUUAGGAUUUUCAUUUUUGAUUCCAAUAAACGGUUGAUUCUAUAAACCAGUGAUCCCAUUAAGCGGAAUUCACUGUAUCUAUGAUCUUAUAAUUCUUCAUAGUGAAAUUAGUUCAUAAACUUUGUUUAAUCUGACCUUAAUUUUUUGUUACAUAUUCCUAGACAAUUUUCCUUUUAUUUUUUCUUUCAUUCAAAUCUAAAAUGUCUAAGUUCUAUUUGUAUUUAUUUCAUUAUUUACAAAACACGGAUCUCUAAUAGAACAUUUUAUUUUUUCACCAUAAUAUAAUUUUAAUUUUGCUCAAUAUCUCUGAAGUAUUAUUUUGCAGAGGUAUGUAAAUUGUAUUUUAUUUGUGCCAAACAGAUUAUAGUAUUAUGCAGUUGUUAUUUUCAAUGUAUUUUUUUAAGUUAAGUUCCUACUAGUACUAUACUUAAAUAACCUAAAAUUAAAUUAUGCUUGUCUCCAUACAAAUAUAAUAAAAUAAUUAAUAACCCAUGUAUGUAUUACUAACAUUACUAACAAAAUUAAAUUAUACAUUCCAUAUACAUUUUUGUAAAAAAAUAUAUAUAUACAAUAGUUUUUAA